UCAACAAGCCGCCAGUGCGAGCGGCUCCGAGCCCGGGACUACUUCUUCUACUCUCAUCCUAACGGCGGAUUAUCGCUUUAUCGUUACACAACUCGAGCUCUGUGGACGCGGAGCUGAGAGAUGCCGCUCCUCCACAGGAGAGCCUUCAUCCGGCACAGACCUCCGGCUGACCUGCGGCCGGACGAGGAGGUUUUCCUCUGUAAGAUCACCCACGAGAUCUUCAGAAGCUACGAUGAGUUUUUCGAGCGCACCAUCCUCUGCAACAGUUUGGUGUGGAGCUGCGCUCUGACAGGGCGAGCAGGCCUGACUUACCUGGAAGCGGUGGAGAGCGAGCGGCGGGCGAAGCAGAGCUUACAGAGCUUUCCAACAUCACUGGUGGUUCCUCUGCUCCACCUGGCCGCUCUGAGCCACCGCUGCAGACUGUCGGAGCUCUGCGAGGACGUCUACACCUUCGUCAAAGACCGCUUCUUCCCCGGAGAGACCGUAGAUGUCUCAGUACGCAAUGGAGCCAGACAUGUGUGCGAGAUCCUGCAGGUUAACUCUCCUCAUUCCAGCGCUAACGGAGCGCCAGCCGUUAACGGCCAUGCCAAACCAGCUGAAGGUGACACUAUUGUCAUCAGCGACAGCGACGAGGAGAGCAAAGACUUCCAGAGCCCCACAGCACAGGUCAACGGGAAGAAGAAGAAGUCUCUAAACCCGUCAGUGUUUAAAUACACAGUGAGGAUGAUGAAGGACGAACACAGCGAGCCGUUCACUGUGAAAGCCAACCAGCUCAGUCGCAGGAAGACCCUGGUGUCCCGAGAGAAACUGAAGCUGCUCUUUAAGCAGCACUGUGAGCCACAGAACGGGACCAUCGCACUGAAGUCCUCCACAGUGAUGAAGUACGGACUGUCUGAACAAACAUUCUCUCAGUUCUUCCCUGAUGAGCCCCCCCAGUUCCCCUUCAGCCCCUCCUCUAAAGGAGGAGGGCGGGGUUCACCUGGACAGGCCGGCUCGUCGCUGCUGAAGGCGGCGGAGAAGCUGAAGCUGCUGCAGCAGAGGGAGGAGAUGGCAGCUUCUGCUCAGGACAGAGCUCGUCUGAAGAAGGAGAAGGAGGAGGUGCAGGAGUCCAAGAGGAGAGAGAAGGAGAACAGAGAGAGGCUGAAGGAGGAGCACAGGAAGAAGUUUGAGGAGGAGAAACAGAAGAGGAGGGAGGAGAAGGAGCUCAGGAAGCUGGAGAAGGAGCGGGAACGAGAGAAGCUGAAGGAGGAGAAGAAGAAAUACGCUGAACGACUGAAACUGUGGAACAAACCCAGAGAGGAUAUGGAGUGUGAAGACCUGAAGGAGCUACCCAGUCCAGUACCUGUGAGGACCCGUCUUCCUGCAGAGCUCUUCGGAGAAGCUCUGAUGGUUCUGGAGUUCUUGCGGGCCUUCGGGGAGGUCUUUGACCUGAAGGACGAGUUCCCCGACGGAGUCUCUCUGGAGGUGCUGGAGGAGGCUCUGGUUGGUUCUGACCCUGAAGGUCCUCUGUGUGAGCUGCUCUUCUUUUUCCUGUCGGCCAUCUUUCAGGCCCUGGAUGAGGAGCAGGAGGAGGUGGCUAAAGACCAGGUUGAAGACCUGUCGGAGGCUCUAGAGGAUGAUUCUGAUGCCACUCAGUCUGCUCUGAGCGCCGUAGCCUCAUUGGCAGCGGCCUGGCCUCAGCUACAUCAGGGCUGCAGUCUGAAGCAGCUCGACCUGGACAGCUGCACGCUGUCAGAAAUCCUGCGUCUUCAUAUCCUUGCAUCUGGGGCAGACUGUUACCAUGGCAAUGCCAAGUUCCGCUACCAGAAGCAAGGCGGGUUUACGCUGAUGGACGACCCAUGUGUCGAGCUGCGGUUGGCCGAGCCGUUGCUGCUGAAGAGGCUGUCUAACACGGCGGUGUACGACCUGACACCAGGGGAGAAGCUGAGGAUCCUGCAGGCUCUGUUGGGGAAGUUGCUGACGUUGGCGUCCACCAGAGAUCUGAUUGAAGACUGUGUGGAGGAUCAACGAGCCGCCAGACAGGAACUGAGAGAGAUCAGAUCUGAACAACACCGCAGAGAGAGAGAGGAGGCCGCAUACAGAGUUCGUCUGCGUAAAGAGGAGAAGCUGAGGGAGCAGGAGCAGAGGCUAAAGGAGAAGGAGGAGAAACUAAAGGAGCAGGAAGAGAGACUGAGGGAGCAGGAAGUGAAGGGAGGACUCCAAACAAGCAGUGAGAGUCCUGAGAAACUUCACACGGAGGAGGAGGAGCAGAAAAACAAGAUUAAAGCUAAACUCAACCAGAAAGAGAAACAGACACCCACCUCGGACACCAAACCCCCGUCCUGCCCUCCUUCCAGCCUGACUGCAGAGGAGCAAGAGAAGGAGCAAGAGAAGGUUCGAGAACUACAGGAGCGGAUCCAGAAGGCGGCCGCCUGCACCUGCCUCCUGCCUCUGGGCAAAGAUCGUCUAUAUCGCCGUUACUGGCUCCUCCCCUCAGCCUCCACCCUGUUUGUAGAAGAAGACUGCUUCGGCCUAACGGAGGAUAUGCUGCAACCACACCCAACACCUGCUCAGGAUACCACUACCCCAAAGAUGGAGGAAGAGGAGGAGGUCAUGAAGGAGGAGCCAGCAGAGGGAAGUGCUGGAUCAAGCCCCGCCCCCAUCCACACCUGUGGGCCGCCACUCAAACGUCCCAACCAGUGGUCUUUCUACACCUCAGUGGAGGAGGUGGAUCAGCUGAUCGACGCUCUGAACCCUCGAGGUCACCGAGAGAGCAGCCUGAAGGAGGCGCUGCUGCAGGAGAGAGAGAGAUUGACACAGCUGCUGCAGAGCUGUGACAGGAAGAAGUACUGCCACACAGUUGAUCCAGAGUCUUCGCGUUCCGUCCAAUGCACUGCUGCAGCUGAGACUCUGAUGGAGGGUCGCCUGAGAGACCUGCUGAUGGACAUUGAAGACCGAAUCCACCAGGGAACUCUAGGAACUCUGAAGGUGAUGGACAGACGGGUGUGGCGCUCUGCACUGGAGGCAGGGAACUACGAGUUGCUGGGUUCAGACGGUAGAGAGAACGGAGGGACGAACGGGCGAGUGGAGGCCAUGGAGGUAGAUUCUGCUCACCUGAGAGCCAGAGACAGGCUGCAGGAGCUUAAAUCGGAGGGCGGGGCCUCGGGAAGCGGGACUCCUCAGGUGGUCAGCAGCAUGGUACAAGUUCUGGCUCAGGCUCUCAUUCACAUCGAGCAAGGCAUCGAGAGACGCUUCCUCAAAGCUCCGCUGGGUGAGGAAGACCCAAAGAAGGACCAGAAGACGAAGAAAAACAAGAAGAAAGACGAGGACCUGGCUAGUGACGAUGGCAGUGACAGUGGGCGGGUCUAUAAGACGGUGUUGGAGCGAUGGAGGGAUUCUCUCCAGUCCUCCUCCAGUUUAUCUCAGGUAUUUGUCCACCUCUCCACUUUGGAGCGCAGCAUCCUGUGGUCUCGCUCUGUCCUCAACGCUCGCUGUCGCAUCUGCAGACGCAAAGGAGACGCUGACAACAUGCUGCUGUGUGACGGUUGUGACCGUGGACACCAUACCCACUGUCUGAGGCCCCGCCUCAAGUCGGUUCCGCAGGGUGACUGGUUCUGUCCAGACUGUCGACCCAAACAGAGAUCCAGCCGCGUCCCGUCCCGUCAGCGCUCUUCUAUCGAUGAGGAGGAAGAAGAGGAAAAUGAGGAAGAGCAAGAGGAGGAGGAGGAGGAGGAGUCAGAAGAGGAAGAGGAGGAGACGGAAGAAGAAGAAGAGGAGGAGUCAGAGGAAGAGGAGGAGGAAGUCGUUGUGAGCACAAAAAAGAGCCAGGCCCCGCCCCCCAAAGGCAAGAGCCAAGGGGCCACGCCCAAAGGUCAGCAGACCACACCAAAAGGUCAACAGGCAACACCCAAGAACAGCAGCGCUUCAGCAGGGAAAACCUCAUCAUCCUCAAAGUCCUCAGGGAAGAAGGCCACGCCCCCCUCAGGGAAGGCAUCUGGAGGUAAACCUCCUCCUCGCACUGGGAGUCGAGUCAGUGCCCGCCUAAGCCACGAGAUCCUUGCACCAAAUGGAAACACCAAGACCUCACCUGGUCAGAGCGAGUCCCGCAAGAGACCGCCAACAGAUGUGGCCCCUCCUCCCAAACUCAUCCUCCCUGUUCUCCCUCCAUCAUCCUCCUCCUCCAGCCGACGCUCCUCUGGCAGAAACCAUGGCGUCCACGAGCUGUCGGCCUGCGAGCAGCUGGCCGUGGAGCUCGUCAGACAUGAAGACAGCUGGCCCUUCAUGAAGCUGGUGUCUAGGACUCAGGUUCCUGAUUACUAUGACAUCAUCAAAAAGCCGAUCGCCCUCAGCACCAUCAGAGAGAGAGUGAACAACUGUGAAUAUCAGACAGCAGGUGAGUUUGUCAGUGACGUGGACCUGAUGUUCUCUAACUGUCUUCAGUAUAAUCCUCGUCACACUAACGAAGCCAAGGCGGGGCUUCGUCUGCAACAGUACUUCCACUCAGAGCUCAGCAGACUCGGCCUAUCGGAGCGAAGCCCCACCCCGCUAACCAAGCGCUCCCGACACUGAACCAAACCCACCACUCUGACCUCACCGCCGUCCUCUCUGCUGAUUGGUCCGGGGGGCGACACCCAGUCCCCCCUUACAGACUAAGUUGGUGCUGAUUCUUCAUCACAUUUGUUGUCUUUGUUAUAUCCAUACCUGUUUCGUUACCGUGGCAACAAAAAGAGAAAUCCACCUAAUUUUGGACAAUUUCUCGUGUUUAAUUACCAAAAAUUGCAGGCAAACUGCUGCACACUGUCCACGUUGCACAAAUAUGUUGGCAACAUUUGAUAUUUGUGUGACUCGGACAGUGCACUCGUUCUGAGUUAGAAUGUCACUGAGAUCUGAACUUUUUUUUUUUUCCUUUUUUUUUAAGCUUUGAUUCUUUUUGAUACCAGCCUGUUGACCACCUUACCUCAGACUCACCUGUUCCCUAACUAAUGAUCCAAUCACAUUUAGAUCCACAGGUGAACUCCCAGUUAUCUCACCUGGUCACAUGACUUCGAGUUUGUGUCUCUAAAAAACAAUCUUUGUAGGGAGCUGUGUAGAAAGUGACAGACCUGUGUGGACGUGUGAAGACGUGUAGCAGACGCUCCUGUGGUGCUGUAGGACAGUAGAGACACCUUAGGGACAUGUUAGGGACACCUUAGAGUCCCCUCAGGCUUCAUCCGAUCGUUUCUUCAUCCAGAAAACACUUCUAAAGAACCUCCAGAUCUGCACUGGCUGUUUCAAUAAAUCCUAUCAGGCUGCUGUGCUCGCUCAGGGACUCAACUUUACAGUGCAGCUGUUUUUUUACUGAAGCAUGGUGUUGCUAUGGAGAUGAGCUCUUAGGCUGGGAAUCAAUCUUUUGAAAGUCUGUGGCGGCCAGUAAAAUGUGGAGUUCAACUGAAUCACAACCUAAACAGUUUUAUUUUUCACAUAUUAAAAAUGCACAACUAGAGCCAGACUGAAUAAAAUUUGAAAUAGAUGUUUUAACUCUUAACAUUUUGAGGGAUUACAAAGUCGUUGAAACACAAAAUUCAUUUCAGACUGAAGAGAAGAAAACGUAGACACGUUUUUAGCACGGCUCAACAUCUCAGCGUCUGCAGGCAAACGAUGUUGUUUAGUUUACUGAGUGAUGCUGACGUUAGCAAAGCUAGCUCAUCCAGCCUUCAGUCCUCCUGCAGGUGAUCGUCUACACACUUGAGCUGAAUGUGUUAACACAUUGCUCCGGUCUAGAGGUUACAUCUCAGUUUACCUUUAGCUACAGCCCCGCCUAGUGGUGGGUGGCUGCGUUACAGCUUAGGCACAACAUGUAACCCCAUAUUAAGAAUUUAACUGACUUUUCCGAGUUGUCUGACUUAUUCUGGUGCUAACUGAAACGUCUUAACCCUCACCAGAGUCGACUAGACUCACACGUCUGUUAAUCAACUGAGAACUUUUAAGAGAUGAAUGUUUUCUCCAUAACUCGGUAACUUGCUUGUUUAAAAGUGUGAUCAACACAACAGGAUGAAUGGGUCAAAGUUCACCUCACACACCAAGGGGUUAUAAAAUGUUCCUGUUAUCACGGGGUCAAAGGUCCCUUCCUUCAUGUACACCUGAUCAAACUGAGAGAGGAGGAGUUAGGAGCUCAGGUGGCAGCUGAGGACGACGUGGACUCUGAACACACACUCAGGUUCUUUUUAUUCUGGCUCAUUCUGUUCGUCAUGACUGAGGAGUGAAUUUACAAACUGGAUGUGUGAAUGAAGAUUUCUGUCCUGACUUCAUGAUGUCUGACUGAGACUGUCUGUCAACAUAAAUCAGCUGAUUCAGGACGUGUACGCCCAGUCCAGUUUACCUCAAACAUCUGAAGAGAUGGAGCGUUUCUAAAACAUGUAGAAGAAGCUGCGGAUAACUACUGGUGAUUAACUUUGUCUAAAAGGUAAUCAGCUGUCUGUCUAAAUAUUUAGAUUAAAGGACUUCCUGUUGAUUGUUGUGAGUUCUAAGCAGGCGUGAAUCAACACUUCUUAUUUAGACAUCUCGUCGUGGGAACUCUGGCGUUGUAGAGUUAAUGAGCUGUCACAGACCUCCAUAAAUAUACGGAUCAUCUCUCUUCAGGUUUCAAACUGUUAACGAGGUCAAACAAAAAAACACAAACCCCUGCCCCUCUAUGGGACUCCGCCCCCUGUCAACAAAUUUCCUUCUCACUUCAUCCUAAACCUAAAUAAAAUGUAAGCUCAUGACAUAAAGGUUAAAAAGGUCAUGUUUAUCUCUCCUGUAGCUCUGACCUCAAGCAGUCACCUGGAUGAGCUGUAACACCUGCUGAUGGUCAGCCUUAAAGGGCCAGCAUGUCUUUAAUGGAGUUGUGUGUCUCUUGAUGUGUCAGGUGGUCGUCACUAUCUUACCUUUUAAGUCUGAGUUAGGAUUUGCUUAGCUUAGCUUGGUAAACAGCUAGUCUUGGUCUGUUAAAUUGAUGUAAAUGAAUAAAAAGUAAAUAAUUUCUUAAUUUGUUUUCUUUCCUAAAUGUGGAACUGUCCCUUUAAAACUGGAGCCUCUGUGGAUUUGUAGUGUUCUGUAUUUUGACUACUGCGAUGUUUUCCUGCUUUAGGAUUUUUUGUUCCGUUCUUCUUCUGUGGUAUUAGCCUGCAGUCAGAGAGUGUGUGUGUGUGUGUGUUUGAAAGGAUGUGUGUGUUUGACGGGAUGUGUGUGUGUGUGGAGGUCAGCCGGACACACUACCCUGCAGCCUCCUCUGCUGUAUAUUUAUUUAGUUAUCUUUAUUUAUGACUGAUAGACGCCCUCAGCCUCCUCACGCUCUCUAACAUGUUUGUUUUUGUUCUCAUGUAAAAAAUAAAUUACUUUUUAUAACCA